CACGGCUUCUUAUUCGACACCCAGAGAGCACAGAGACUGGACUGAGCAAAGACAAAGAGUCCCGUUUCUCUCCUCCUUAAUCCCUACCUUAUGGACCUGGCUGCUGCCUAGAUGCACAUAGACAGUGGAUUUGGCAAGAUGAGGGCUCUGACUGUUUGCAUGGUUUUCCUCUUCCUAGCUCAUGAAGCGAUGUGCUCAGUGACAGAUUCUGAGCAGGAACGGAAAGGAACAGAAGAAGAGUUCCUGAACAGUCUUUUCACUUCAAAGGUAAGCAGACCGCAGCCGAGGACCCCUCUGCUGGACGCGUGCGGGCUGAUCCAGAGCCUGACUGGGCGGGGUCAGGAGGCGUGGCUGAGUAAUGGCGAGGGGCUCGUGCCCAGGGAAGCCCUCUCCACAGAGUCUAUGGAGGGGCUGUAUGACCUAGAGAGCCUCUGCAGAGUACUGCAGCCCAGAGAGAUCUUUCACGAGUACCUGGAGUCUGACCUCACAAAGAACAAUGCGAAUCCACCAAAAAGGAAAUCGCCCUAUAUACUGAAACGCCAGCUGCACAUGAGCAAAACCAGAAGGCCGUAUAUUCUGAAGCGCAGUUCAUACUACUGACCUCUGCUCGACCACCUGGAGCCCCUCUAAACUCUCAAUGUGCAUCUGUAAUAACUGUAUAAAUGGUAUUUAUUGUUCUGUGUUUCUGAUGCAGAGGUUUCAGUUUUUCAUCCUCAGACUCAACAUGAACUGUGUAAAUAAAAACCGCACCAAGAUUGUAUCAUUAAAA